ACUUUUUAACCUUAUUAUAAGAGGAAAAUGAUAUGACAAAGACAAAGUCAUAAGAGACGAAAAAAGAAUCCUCCCAUUUUGAACUAAACGGUCCGGGGUCCCCAGGCCGGAGAUCAUAACGUCAGAAGGUUAUUUUCGUCAUUUCAAUCGUCAAAAGAUUUUGAAGACCCGCUUAAAUAGAUAGAAUCAUAGUAACAACUAACAAGUGUAUUUCUGGAGGGAUAUACAAAGGGCGGCAAAAUUUCGCCGGCCAGCGCGUGAGUUACACACGCUCUAUUUUCGAUGUCUUCCAGGUAUCUCCGAUCAUCAUUAUCGCCGUUACGGUCUCGGAAACCGCCUACGCCGCCUCCGCAGUCGUCUUCCUCCAAACGGCCUACUACUACGGUUUCGGCUGCGCCGGCGAAAGCAUCUCUUUCUCCGAGUUUGGAGUGUACACCGGAAUCUUCUGGAAAGAGUAAGGAGAAUGUGACUGUUACCGUUAGGUUUCGUCCGCUCAACGCUCGAGAGAUUGGGAAAGGGGAUGAGUUGGCUUGGUAUGCUGAUGGAGAUUAUACAGUUCGCAAUGAGAACAGUUCCAAAAUUGCUUAUAGUUUUGAUAGAGUUUUUGGUCCUGCAACAACUACACGCCAUGUUUAUGAUGUUGCAGCUCGGCAUGUGGUGGGUGGUUCCAUGGAAGGAAUUAAUGGUAGUUAUUCCUGUAUAUAUGUUAAAUUUAACUUGCAACUUUAGAACUGGAGCAGAGACAUAAUACAUUGUCUCCAUCUUUAGUUUUGGUAUCUUAAAUAGAAAUUAAAGAGAAUGGUGUCUCA